AUGAAAUCUUAUAUAAAUGUUAUUGAUUUGGGUAUUAUAUCAUAUGAAGAAGGACUUCGACAACAACAAAAAUAUGUAGAUUUAGUUAAGCAAAGUAAAAAUAGUAGUGUUUCAUUGUGAGUUUUUUGGCGGAAACUUUUUCAGCCAAAAUUCAUUUUUUCUUUUGCAGAAAUUAUUUGUUAGCAUUAGAACAUCGUCCAGUUUAUACAGUUGGAAUUCGAAGCAAAGUGUAUUCUGAAGAAGAGGAAAAUCGAUUGAAAAAAUUGGGCGCCGAUUUUCAUCGAACUUCUCGUGGCGGUUUGAUCACUUUUCAUGGACCUGGACAAUUGGUUUUGUAUCCGAUUUGUGACAUUCGACGAAUUUCGACAAAACCAUUGGGUGUUCGAAGUUUUGUAGAGAAAUUGGAACAGGUAAGAUUUUUGCAAUUGAAAGUUUUUGAAAACAAUUUUCAGAGAAAAUUGGGAUUUUCCAGGAAAUAUUGAAAGGUCCUAUUGAACACUGUGUAUUUUACCUCAAAAUUUUCCCAAAAAGUCUAAUUUUUGCAGACAAUAAUCGAUUCGGCCACUAGCGGUUUCCAAAUUGAAAAUGUUGGUCGAACUGAAAACACUGGUGUUUGGGUGGAUAAAAUUCGAAAAUUGGCGGCGAUUGGAAUUGCUGUUCAAAAUGGUGUGACUUAUCAUGGUUUGGCAAUUAAUUGUAAUACUGAAUUGUCAUGGUUUGAUAAUGUGAGUUGGAUUCAUUUUUGAAUUUCUAAGCCAUUCCUAAACGAUUUCUAGAUUUCAAAUUUUGUAUUAUUUUUAAAAUUUGAAACAUGUUGAGUAUUUCCGGAAAAAUUUUUUUACCUAAAAUUCCAACAAAAUUGCUUUUUCCCUAACAAAAAUUGAAGAAAAACAACCCAUAUAUUUUUUCAAAGGUAAAGGUCACAGAUGUUUAUAUUUUUCUGAAUUCGAAAACUGGUUUUUAUUUUUUGUUUCCACUUUUUUUGAAUGAGAAAAAAUGGGAUUUUUGGUCAUUUUUAGAUGGAUUUUGAGAGACAAAGUAUGGAUCUGAAAAAAAUUAAAUUAGAUUUCUGAGCGAGAUAUGAUUUUGGUAAAAAAAAUACUCUCUCUUCGAGUUUUUUUCCAGAUUUUCUAAAAUUCCACGUGACACUUGAUCCGCUUUUAAAAUAUGACUGUCAGGUUUCAAAAAGCAUAAUUAUCUCAAAAAUCCAGGUGACAAAAUUUUAGCUCGAAACACACCUCGGCCAAACUCGUGGUUUCCAAAAAAAAAUGUACGCUAACUUUGUACAGCUGCAUGCAUCGUUUGGUCAUUGUAUUUUGUCGCAAAAAUUCAAGUUUCAAAUUUUCAGAUCGUUGGCUGCGGAAUAGAAGGCGUCACCACAACUUCGCUCACCCAAGAAACCCAAAAAUCGAUAAGUGUCCAAGAAGCGCGUCCUAUUUUUCUAGAAAACUUUGCCAAAAAUUUCGACUGUCUUUUGUGUUAG